AUGGCUAGCAUUGGUACUUCUUUGAAAAGGAAGAGAAAUUGGGACUGUAUUCGGUUCAUAAUUACUAUGAUUAAUUGUGUUGUGUUGCUACAUUUGAUGUUGUACUCGAUGAGAAAAACUAUAUACGAUUCCCAUUAUCUUAAGCUUGAUAAAAAAACUAGGAGAAAAAUGAGAUUGCACAACUUGAAUAGAAUGAUUAGAGAAAGUGACACUUUGUGUAGGAACUAUCUUUAUAUAAAUCGAUAUACAUUUGGUGUACUUUUAGAGAUGGUUAGAGAUAUUGGUGGAUUAAAUGAAACAAGAAACACAUGUUUGGAAGAGAUGGUUGCGGGUUUCUUAUACAUAUUAGCUCACCAUAAGAAAAAUAGAAUGAUGGGUGCACAUUUUUAUAGAAGUGGUGAAACUUUUAGUAGACAAUUUCAUGCUUGUUUGUUAGCAAUAUUAAAGUUACAUGCUAUUCUUCUUAAGAAACCAACACCAAUACAACAGGAUUGCAACGAUGAAAGAUGGAAAUAUUUCAAGAACUCAUUAGGUGCCCUUGAUGGUACAAUGAUUCUAGUGAAUGUUCCUUGUGAUGUUCGAUCCAAAUAUCGGACUAGAAAAGGUUAUUAUUAUCUAUGUGAUGGAGGAUAUACUAAUGGAGAAGGAUUCCUUGCACCCUAUAGAGGGCAUCUUUAUCAUCUUAGAGAAUGGAAUAAUGGCCCCCGACAACCUCAAACCGCCGAAGAAUAUUUCAACUUAAGGCAUGCAAAAGCUAGAAAUGUGAUUGAGAGAUGCUUUGGAUUACUCAAGGGAAGAUGGGGGAUUCUUAGAAGUCCUUCUUGGUUUAGUUUACAAACACAUGGUCGAAUUGUACUUGCUUGUGCUUUAUUACAUAAUUUGGUAAAGAGAUACAUGCUUGCAGAAUUUGAUGAUGAGGACUUGUUUGAGGAAAAUGAUAGUGAUGAUAAUGAUGGUGAUGAUAAUGAGGAAGAUGAUAUGGAGUACAUAACCUCCAUUGCUGUAACCGUUCCAUGGACGAAUUUUCGAAAUAUAAUGGCCCAAUAUAUGUUCAAUGAUUGGAGGGCUAGACACCGCAGACUUACUUUGUGA